AUGUGGGUACAUGAUAAAGAGAGUGAUGAAUAUCUCGUACUUCGCCUUAAUGAUUGUUCGGUUUCUGUAUCCAUGUGUUCUGUAUUGUCCGCACUUUCCGUUGUGUCCGGAUUUUCCGUUGUGUCCGGAUUUUCCGUUGUGUCCAUUGGUUCUGAUGUAUCCUCGACCGCAAUAGGUUUUGGUGUAUCAUCAUUACCACCAAUAUUGUCGUCGUUUUUGGCUAGAAUUGGUAGUAUUUUUGUGUUUGGAAUUGGAGAUCGAAUCACUGCCGUUCCAGUCGUUAUUGCUGUUGGCUUUGGUUUGGCUGUGCGUGUGGAAGUGAUUUCCUUCCAGACAAAACAUGAGUUUCCCUCCAGCUGGGUCUUUGGCUUACGACCACGUUUCUUUUUCGGCAUGUGCAGAACCGUGUCCAUGUUGGCAUUCGUAAAUGCAGUGGCCAUGUUUCCCUGUCCUUCGGCAGUGUAG